UCAAUUCACACUGAGUUUUAAAGAGAAGAGACUGCAGGCCUAUAUGUAGUUCUGGAAGAGAACACAGAGUUUGUUCGAGUUGUUUGUAGUAUAAGCGUGUUGUAAGGGAACUUUAAAGUACAGUUUUUCUCUAGCUAGUUCUAGUAAAGGGUUAAUGCAGUCGGGCGGAGCCACACGACAGUAGAGCCCCGAAACAUGAAUGUUAAAGACUGAACGUCUUUGAUAACUGUAAUGUGUGAAUGCUGCCAUUAGGCCGGAUAAUUUAGGUUACACAUGGAUGUUCGGGGCGCCUGGAGUUGGAAGUAAACUCGGUCGAAGUAUUGGAAAACAGCUUGAACCAGAAGAAGGGGAAUUCUUUUUCGUUAUCGGCCAAUAAAAUGGAGGGUUUUGAAGGAGCCAGCAGCGCCGAGAGUGUUUUAGAUCUGUCCCGAAUGAAUCUGAACAAUCAGAGUUUGGACACGGUUAGCGAGAAACGACGGAAAGACACGAAGCAGCUGUAUCUGUGUUAUAACCGAAUGACGGUUCUGCCUGAAUCAAUCUGUUUAUUCUCUAACCUGGAGUUUCUCGAUAUAAGUAACAACACCCUGUCGGUCAUCUGCGAGGACAUUACCCGACUGACCAAACUCAAAACCCUCAUAGCCAAGAAUAAUCGUUUAAAUGAGUUUUCCCUACCAAAACAGUUUGGGUCUCUGCAACUGGAAAUGUUGAAUUUGAGCGGAAACAGGUUCGAGGAGGUGCCGAGCCAGUGUCUGCAGCUGCUGCGACUACAGUCACUGUCUCUGGGAGGAAACAGACUGAAGAGCAUCCCAGCAGAGAUAGAGAGUCUGACCAGCUUAGAGCUGUUGUAUCUGGGUGGUAACCAGAUCUCCUCCAUCCCUGCUGAACUAGCUAACUUGCCCUGCCUCACUUACCUAGUUCUGUGUGAUAAUCGCAUCCAGAGUGUCCCACCUACACUCAACAGGCUCCAUUCCCUGCGCUCUCUUAGUCUGCAUAAUAACUUGCUGACGUAUCUUCCGAGAGAUCUGAGCCUGGUACAACUUCAGGAGCUCAGUCUCCGUGGAAAUCCCUUGGUCGUACGCUUCGUCAAGGACAUGACUUAUGACCCCCCAUCACUGCUGGAGCUGGCUGGCCGCACCGUCAAAAGCAAGAACCUUCUGUACUCAUAUAAAGACCUCCCAAGUCAUCUAGUCAACUACCUAGACAUGGCCAGCAAGUGCCCCAACCCCAAGUGUGCAGGCGUUUACUUCGACUCAUGUGUUCGUCACAUCAAGUUUGUGGAUUUCUGCGGGAAGUAUCGCCUGCCCUUGAUGCACUACCUGUGCUCCCCAGAAUGCACCUCUCCCUGCAGCUCCAACCCUCAGAGCGACGCUGACUCGGAUGAUGACAACAGCGUGCCCGCCGAUCGCCUUCAAAGAGUUCUGCUGGGAUAACCUCGCUCACCCCGCACACGUCUCUUCUCUCUGGCUUACAGUGUUAUCGGCAAGAACAUUGAACUUUACAGCCAGCUGGCCUGAAAACCUCUCAGCUGAAGCCAAAUCUUGUUGCCAAGUGAUUGAGCAAAUGGAAUCUUGCAGCAUUCUGGGAAAGACAUCUGCAGAUAGUUUCUCUUACAAAGGCCUCGCAAAGGCAAAAUCAAAAACACUGGCGGUUCAGAAUAGUUGUUUUAUACAUUGUUAUAUUAACUAAGUUGCUUUGGUCAUCAAUCUGUUUAGCUCUUGCACUUUCGUAAUACGUAUAAGAUGCAGUUUAGGUACACAUAUCUUUUGCUUGACAAUACAUUAGUUUGCUUUGUCAAUCAUAGGAGAGCUCUAACUCAAAUUUUACACAUUACGCACAAAGAUUUACUGUGAAUUAAGAAAAAAAUUAACAUUGAUAAUAUUUUCUUCUUGGGUUUGUGACAGGUUUAGAAGUAUUUGAUUGUUUUCUUCGUGUUUUUAAUUGCGGUCUAUCACAGUGGCCCGCAGACCUCACUGUCAAACAGUGCUACACAUCUUCACAAACAUACGCUUAAAUGUCUGCAAAACCUAUCGUUUAAGCGUUCAUGUUUGUAUUGAAUACCUUGCGGUUGCAUUCAAAAACUGGGGCAAUGCUUGAAAUCUUGAGAUAAAGGGUGACAAAGGUCACCACUCACCUUGUUUUGAAGGUUAAUUCUUCAUGUGGACCAGUUUUGCAUCAAUAGGAAAAAUAUGACAUUGUUACAGAGCCAAUGGACAAAAUUGUGAAGCGUUUCUGGCAUUUCUUUUUAAACAUGACUUUAACACUUUCUGUUUUUACAAUUACUUAUCUUUAGUUUCUUCAAAUGUGUCUUACACGCUUAGGCCUAACCAAUAUUUACUAUGCAAAUACCUAAUGCAAUUGUUAUUUCACAGAGUUUUAAAAUUCAUAUAUAAGGCUUUUAUAUUAAAUGAUCUUUUAUGAUGUUUUCUACAUAUCAUUGACAAGAUAGAAUGUAUUUUAUUUAAGAUGAUGAAGGUCGAUUUGAAUUACAUUCACUCCUCUAAUGGUUUAUAAACAUGUAUUUGCAUUUCUUAUGUAGAGUACUAUAAUAAAAAAAAAGGAUUAA